AGAACUUGCUUGGAUCCGUCGAAACCAGUCAAGGACGCAACGUCUCAAUUCGCACAACAAUGCCUUCCUGGCGGACGAUUCUCUACGGCCAGGAGCGCCUCGGCUACCAGAACGCCUACAAAGAAGAGCGCUGGAUGAAGGUCGUGAACAUCGGGUGCGCCCUCUUUACUACCUUCAUCUUCAUCAUCCUGGUCGCCGUCGUGCUGUUCGUGUCUAAAGUUUCACCAAGAACCCGUCACAGCGUCAUGCCCAGCGGUAAACUGAUGCCCAAGAUGGAGACAACAGAACUUGUCAGCGAAGCCGACUCUUCCGGGAUCCAAGAAGACUACACCGAAACGCCUGCCACCACAAGACGGUCCGCGCUGUACGCCACGGCGCGUCAUCGCCGUCGCUGCCGGCCGCCCCACCUCGUGGACUGCUCGGCGGCGGCUGCCCGCAACCUGACCGGCCUGGUGCGCCACCACGCCUGGUUCUUCGUGCCGGACGCGAACGUCGCCGGCGGCGGCAGCUGCCUCGAGUGGAUCCAGGGACACAUGUGCCACGACUACUCGCGAAACCGCUUCCGCAGCCACAGCGCAUGCCGCGAAGCGUGCGAACGCGGUGCGUGGAUUCCCCGCCUCAAGUGCACGCGGCCGCUGGACCUGCAGUCUGUGUACGACUGCGUGCACUCGGGCCGGGCUGACGCACCAAGGGCUUCGAGACCCACGAUCGCCACAAGACGCGCGGAGACUCGGAGCCGGGGCUUGCCUCCGACACCCGAGGAGGCAUCCAGUGACGCGGAUGAGGCUCCGAGAUACGAAGAGUCUCCGAGAUACAAAGAGGCUCCGAGAUCCGCACAGCCUCCCAGACGCAAGACGGCCGUCACGAAACCAGGGUUGACUCCGAAACACUCGGAGCAACCGGACACCGACGCGACGCGCACGGUGUGGCAGUGGUGGUUUUACGAUCCACUGCUGCACGCGUGCCGCAACUGGAAAGACGUGUGCGUGUUCAAGGCGUACGCCACCAUGGCGCAGUGCGUAAAAGCGUGCGUCUUUUGA